AGGGCGGCGGUGCUCGGCACCCAGCGGGACUGUCGCGACAGAGCUAGGGGCCCCGGGGCCGGCGGUGUGUCAGCGCCUGGCGAGGCUGUCGCGAUAGGGGAGAGGUUCCCAGUUGCCAUCCGCUUGCGUUGCCUUUACGGCUGUCACAUUGGGAGUGGAGCCCGCUAGGCAGGACUGUCACGAUAAGAGCGGGGUUGUCGGGACACUCCUGGCAGCGCUGUUGUGGCAGAAGCGGGGUGCUCGAAGCCAYCCCCGGCAGGGCUGUCGCGACAGGAGGUGUUGUCCCUGUCCCCACGUCYCAUGGAUCCGGCCGGAGCGCUCCCUGCGCUGGAGCGGGAGCUGCGGGCGGCGCUGGCCGAGGACGAGCGGCGGCAGCGGGAGGGAGAGGCCAAGCUGCGGGCGCUGCGCCAGGGCGUCCCCGACUACGGCCAGUUCAGGGAAAUUGUGCUGGCMUCACACCUGAAGCCUCUGGACAAGAAGGACAGGCUGGGACAGAGGAGGAAUGUGCUGUGGAAUCCCUGUGCAGCCCCGGCUGAGGCAUCACCUGCCCACACUGUGGAGAUCCCACAGGAACUGGAUCAGCUGCCUGGAACCGCCGCGGAAUUUCACAGGGACUGGCGCAGGUGCUUGAAAAGCGGGACAGAGAAAUACCGGUUUUUGCUGGAGCUCGGAGGGGAGGCCUUGGGCAGGAUCUUCCAGGCUGACGUGGGCUUUGGCCUCCUGGGGGAAUUCCUGACAGUGCUGGCAGAGAACAUCCAUCCUGGGGACAGAGCUGCCGUCCUCCAGAUCCUCCAGAGCCUGGCGGGCACCAAGCGCUUCGGGCUGAACGUGGCUCUGCUGAGCCAGGGGGAGAAGGAGAGCAACCAGGAUUUGUUCAGGAAGCUGCAGAACUGUGAUUGUCAGGCUGCUGGCCAGCCUGGCAGCCCAGCCAGCUGUGAGACAGGGAGGGAAGCCCAUCCCGUGGACACCCACUUGGAAAAGGAAAUCAAAGAGGAGAGGACAGUGGUGGAGCUGAUGAAGUGUUACCAGGUCAGCUGAGGGGCAGGAACASCAGGGCUGAGCAGGAACAGGGUAAAAGACGCUCAGAAAAAACUCAAAGUUUGACUUCGGCAUCACCCAGAGCACAAGUUCUGCACAAAUAAAGUUGAU